AUGCCACCCACCCACAUCUCCGGUACUUCUCGCGCCCUCUACCGCGUCUUCAUCGCCCCAAACCUGCGCAACACAACUUCCAUCCCACUCCUCUACGCCCCAGCAUUUGCGCCGACAUCGUCUCCCAACUCCCUCUCCUCGUCAACGCCCAGUCUCACAAGCCGAACCUCAACCCGUGGACUGAAAUACACAAAAGACACCCGCCGCCAUGCAAUCUCAGACUACUACGUCAUCGACAAGGCCAUUGAAGCCGACUUCAUAAACCUCGUCGAUGAAGAAGGCGUAUUCCACAAAAACGUCCCUCUCGACGAGGCACUGUCAAGUCUUAACAAAGUCACUCACCAUCUCGUACAAAUGACACCAGGAAAGUACGACGAAGAUGGAUACCCAGAUCCAGAGAGCUUACCGACAUGUCGUGUCAUCUCUAAGAUCGAUCUUCGGGCUCAACACCAAAAGAAACUCGAGACGCUGCGACGACAAGCCAAGGGCCAGAGUGCGGGGUCGGGGCCUCCAUCCAAGUCGCUGGAAUUGAACUGGGCGAUUGCGCCGGGAGAUUUGAAGCAUAGGCUGGUGGCUAUGAAGAAGUUUUUGAAGGAGGGGCGCAAGGUUGAGGUUAUGCUUGGACCGAAGAAGCAUGGCAGGAAGGCUACGCCGGAAGAGGCGAGUGCGGUUAUGAAGGCAAUUACUGAAGCGGUGGACGAGUGUAAAGGUGCGAGGGAGACUAAGAGUGAGGGGCAGGUUGGGGGUAUUCUACAGGUCACAUACGAGGGUAAGAAGGUGGAGAAGGAGAGCAAAUCGAAAGACGAGGCGGCAUGA